CAGUUUGUCAUCGUCAUUUGUACGCAUCGGCAGCUAAAAAAUUUUCUUAAGCAAAAUUUAAAUAAAGUUACUAAAAAGUUUAUUUUUUUUUUCUUUUUCAUAAAAUAAUAAAAAAAAAAUAUUUAUUUUUUUUUUGGACACCUUACCUACUUUGAUUUUCUAACGGAGGAAUUUUUUUUUUUUGUUUCUUUCUUUCUGGUUUAGUUUCGGGUCGGCGGGUAUUUAAAAUAAUUUUUUUAGUGAUUUUCAUUUUGUUUUUCGAUUUAACCUCAUAAUUUUUUUCCAUUAACAAUAAUUAAUAAUUAUUCGUGUGUUUAAUUAUUAAAAUUAAAAUGAAAUUAUAAGAUAAAAGAAAGAAAAUUUUAUAAAAGUAAAGCAAAUAGAGCAAAAGUGAGUAAACGUGAGUAGAAAAAAAAGAAUUUAAAGAAAAAGCCAAAAAAAAUUUUUGUAAGCAUUUUAAAGUAAAAAUUAAAACAAGUGUUAAAAUUUUAUACAAAAAUAAUUCUGUUAUACAUACAUAUAUACAUAAAUGUUUAUUGUUAUUUCCAAUAUAAAUUAGUGUAAAAUACUAAAAAAAAAAAAAUAAGAAAUUUAAUAAAAAGGCCAACACCAGCAAAAAUUUUUAAGAAGAAGGCGAAAAAUCCGAAUUCUUUUAUAGGAUAAAAUUAAACUAUAGAGAAAGAAAAAAUCAUUCAUUUUUUUGAUUUGGUUUAUUAGAUUAAAUGGGAAUAAAAAAACAUUAUAUGCGCCGGUGAUGUUACUCGUUAUGUUAUUAUAAUGCAGGAUGUAUAACAGUGUUUAUCAUUAAAAGAAUAAUGUUCUAUACACCAUAAACAAAAUAUAUUAAAAAUAAGAGAAAACAACAAUCAAUCAAUCAUCCAUUCAAAAAUAUAUACAUACUUACAAACAUAUAUGUGUACAAAACAAUUAUUGCCUCUCUUUAGGAGCAAAAUAACAAAAAUAAUAAUAUUUUAAAUUUAAUAAAAAUUGCAAAAAAAAAAAAUAAAAGAAAUAAAAAUCCAUAAAAAAUGACUAAAAAGUAUGAAUUUAAUUGGAUUAUACCAGUUCCUGAAGAAUUACAAACAGGAUGUACAUUUGAUAGAUGGUUUGAACAAAAGGAUACAACUGAAUUUGAACCAGCUGCAUUAUUUAAAGUUGAUGAAUAUGGUUUUUGGUUAUAUUGGAAAAGUGAUGGAAAGGAAGGUGAUGCAAUCGAACUUUGUACAGUUAGUGAUAUAAGAGCGGGUGGUCUGCCUGUGGAGCCCAAGUUAUUAGAUAAAGUACGGAAAAAAUGUGGUGGUACUGAUGAACAAUUAGAUGAAAGAUCAUUAUGUAUAUGUACUGGUCCAGAUUAUAUUAAUAUUACUUAUCAGCAUAUUGUAGCUAAAGAUGCCGAUACGGCAAAAAUAUGGCUAGCUGGUAUUAGAAAAAUAACUCAUAAUGUUAAGGCAAAUAAUAUUAGUCCUAUGUGGAAUUUAAAAAAACAUUGGAUGAGAUGCGGAUUUUUGGUUGAUACAAAAGGAAGAAUACCAGUUAAAAAUUUGGUUAAAACGUUUGCAUCCGGUAAAAGUGAAAAAUCAGUUUAUCAGGCAAUAGGUCAAGUUGGUUUACCAAGUGAAAAGAAUGCAACAAUAACACCCGAACAAUUUACAUUCGAUAAAUAUUAUGCAUUAUAUCAUAAAGUAUGCCCUAGGAACGAUAUUGAAGAAGUAUUUUUCAAUAUUACUAAAGGAAAAGCUGAAGUUAUAGAAUUACCACAAUUAGUUCAAUUUAUGAAUGAGAAACAAAGAGAUCCUCGACUCAAUGAAAUUUUAUAUCCACUAUACAGUGAAAAACGUUGUACAGAAAUUAUAAAUGAUUAUGAAACAAAUGAUGGUUUAAAAAAGAAGGGUCAACUAUCCUUAGAUGGUUUAAAAAGGUACCUGAUGUCAGAUGAAAAUGCACCAGUAUUUUUAGAUAAAUUAGAAAUAUGGAUGGAUAUGGAUCAACCAUUAUCACAUUACUAUAUUAAUUCAUCACAUAAUACAUAUUUAUCUGGAAGACAAUUUGGUGGUAAAAGUACAGUUGAAAUGUACAGACAAACUUUAUUAGCUGGAUGCAGAUGUGUGGAAUUAGAUUGUUGGAAUGGUAAACCACCAACAGAAGAACCAAUUAUAACUCACGGUAUGGCAAUGUGUACUGAAAUAUUAUUUAAAGAUGUUAUUGUUGCUAUACGUGAUUGUGCAUUUGUUACAUCUGAUUAUCCUGUUAUAUUAUCAUUUGAAAAUCAUUGUAAUCGAUUACAGCAAUAUAAAUUAGCUAAAUAUUGUGAUGAAAUUUUUGGUGAUUUAUUAUUAAAGGAACCUCUACCUGAAUGGCCUCUUGAACCUGGUGUACCUUUAGCGCCACCGUCGGCAUUAAAACGAAAAAUUUUAAUUAAGAAUAAACGCAUGAAACCUGAAGUAGAAAAAAUUGAAUUAGAAUUAUUUUUAAAAGGUGAACUAACAAUUGAUGAUGAACCAUCAGAGGAUGCCAGUGCUGUUAAAGCACCACCUGUAGAUCCACCACCAGGUGAAGCACCACCGGGUGCUCCUCCACCAGCUGUUGGUCCAGACGGUCAGCCAGCUGUUGGUCCAGAUGGUCAACCACUUGGCCCAGAUGGUCAGCCAGCUGAAGCUCAAGUAGCAUAUUCCGGUUCAACAACAAAUGUUCAUCCUUGGUUAUCAUCGAUGAUCAAUUAUGCUCAACCUGUUAAAUUUCAAAGUUUUGAACAUGCUAUAAAGAAAAAUAUUCAUCACAAUAUGUCAUCUUUCUCGGAAACUGCUGCUAUGAAUUAUCUAAAAACAAAUGCAAUUGAUUUUGUCAAUUAUAAUAAACGUCAAAUGUCUAGAAUUUAUCCAAAAGGGUCAAGAGCUGAUUCAUCGAAUUAUAUGCCACAGACAUUUUGGAAUGCUGGCUGCCAUAUGGUUGCAUUAAAUUUCCAAACAUGUGAUUUACCAUUGCAAUUAAAUCAGGGUAAAUUCGAAUAUAAUGGUAAUUGUGGUUAUUUAAUAAAACCAGAUUUUAUGAGAAGAUCUGACAAAGAUUUUGAUCCAUUCGCUGAUGCAUCUGUGGACGGUGUAUGCGCUGCUUCUUGUUCUGUACAAGUUAUUGCUGGUCAAUUUUUAUCUGAAAAAAAAGUUGGUACAUAUGUUGAAGUUGAUAUGUACGGUUUACCAUCCGAUACAGUUAAAAAAGAAUUUCGUACUAGAACAGUUCCAGCAAACGGUUUAAAUCCAGUUUAUAAUGAAGAACCAUUUCUGUUUAGAAAAAUUGUAUUACCCGAUUUAGCUGUGUUAAGAUUUACAGUAUUUGAAGAAAGCGGUAAACAAAUAGGACAAAGAAUCUUACCAUUGGAUGGUUUACAAGCUGGUUAUAGGCAUAUAUCAUUAAGAACAGAAGCUAAUUUCCCAAUGUCGUUGCCAAUGUUAUUCUGUAAUAUUGAAUUAAAAAUUUAUGUACCCGACGGUAUGGGUGAUUUUAUGGCAUUAUUAACUGAUCCUGGUGCUAUGGCUGGCAAUAAACAAGCAGAUAAUCUAAAAGGUAUGGGUAUUGCUGAAACCAGUGGUGGAGCAGCACGUGAUGCCAUGAAUAAGAAAAAAGAAGAAGGACCACCACCAUUAGUCUUUGAACCAGUAACUAUAGAAACAUUACGUGGCGAAAAAUGCUUCCAGAAGACAGCCAAAAAACAAAAUAAAGAAUUAGAUACAAUGAAGAAGAAGCAUUCAAAAGAAAGAAUGGCAAUGCAAAAAACUCAAAAUGCAGCUAUCGAUAAAUUAAUCAAAGGCAAAAGCAAAGAUGAAAUUAAAAAUGAUUCCGCAAUCAAAGAUGCUAUUGCAAAACAAACAGCUGAAUGGGCUGAAAUGAUUUCAAAACAUAAGAAAGAAGAAUGGGAAAUGCUAAGACAACAUGUACAAUCCUCUCAAGAGGAAAUGGGUAAAUUAAUGGAAGUUGUACAAGCCGAACAAGUUAAGAAACUUGAAGCAAGACAUGCUCAGGAUGUUAAAGAUUUAAAUGGCAAGCAAGCUAAAGUAUCUGUUGAAACAGCUAAAGAGGUCCAAAAUGAUAAAACACUUAAAUCAAAACAAGCUAAAGAUAAACGUUUACGAGAAAAGAAAGCUCAAAAUGUAAAAAGAUUUAUUGAAGAAAAAAAGACAUUGAGCAUAAAGCAAGGACGUGAAAAAGAAAAAUUAGGUGUAGCUCAUAAGAAACAACUAGAUGAUUUUAGUAAAGAUGUUGAAAAGUUACUUGAAAUGUAUAAAAUGGAAGAGGAAUCAUUUAAAAUAUAUGGAAAGAGUGAAUUCGCCAUCUAAAUCGAUUGCAUCCUUCCCUCACAAAAAAAAAUUCAAAAAAAAAAAAAAACAAAUGCAUCAAUAAUCAAUAAAAAUUAAAAAAACAAAAUUCAUUCCAAUAUAAGAAAUUAAAAUAACUACAAAAAAAAAAAAAAAAAAACAAAAA